AUGGACAACAUGAACUCGUUUGUGGAGUACUCCAUCUGUAACCGACCGAGCCCUGGCGCGUACUCUGCGCCUAAAUCCGGAUACCACCACCAUCAUCUCCAUCACCACCACCUUCCUCUGGAGCAGCACCAGAGCUUCACGUCCUUCCACGCUGCACCGGGCGGGUCUGCAGCUCCGAGGACUGACAGCAGCACCGAGGGCUACGCCGAGGACGCACGGCUGUACGAGGCGAGCCAGCAUCACGAGCAGCAUCAGCAGCCUCACAACGGCUACCACCAUCACCCCCACCUCCACCAGACCGGAGUCAUGUCCCCUUAUAACACCGGGAGCUCCUACACGGGCCAGCCGUGCCAGAAUAACCCGGAUUACUCCGCGGCCCCCAGCUCCGUGCACUCCCAGUUCUUCAUGGAGGACUCCGGGGCCUCCUCCUACUACCAUCAAUCAUCCUUCCCCACAGUCGGGCCCAGUUACGGGGCCUUGGCCGGGGCCUACAGCGGCUCUCAGUACCCGCAGCAGCAGCAGCAGCAGCAGCUCGGUGGGGGGCUCGGUGGGGGGCUGGACACGGCGGGAUACCUGGGGCUCACACACGGGGGAGGAUACGGGGAGCUGACGGCCUCUCAGGACCGAGAGAGGGGGGAGGAGGAGGGUCAGCAGGCCGGCCAGGGCCAGACCUUCGACUGGAUGAAGGUGAAGAGGAACCCCCCCAAAACAGUCAAAGUGGCGGAUUUCGGCCUCGCGGGCGCUCACAACAACGCCAUGCGCACUAACUUCAGCACGCGGCAGCUGACGGAGCUCGAGAAGGAGUUCCACUUCAGUAAGUACCUGACGCGCGCGCGCCGCGUGGAGAUCGCCGCCACGCUCGAGCUGAACGAGACUCAGGUGAAGAUCUGGUUCCAGAACCGGAGGAUGAAGCAGAAGAAGCGCGAGCGGGAGGGCGCGUGCACGUCCUCCACGGCGCGCUCGUCCUCAUCCAACAAGGAGCUCGAGGACACCGAUAACUCCUCCGCGUCCACGUCUCCGGGCGCGUCCCCGAGCUCAGAGACGUAG